CAUUCGAUAUUGCAUUUUGCAAUUUUGCAAUCUUGCAAUUUGGUACACUAAACUUUUUCUCAUCAGCUCAAAAUCCUGAAAUUAAAAGGUAUCCACACUUUCCUUACCUUCCUUACUUUCCAUUCAUUCCUUUGUUUCUAGCCAUCGUCACUUUUGUCUCUGCGACAAUUUUCUCGACACAGACAAUCAAACGAAGGGCAAAAGCGAAAGCAGCUGCUGAUUCUAUAAACAAGGCAUCCUUAUGGCGAAGAAAGGAGGGGCCUCACUUCAGAAAGACGCCCCAUGGAGGGUCUCUGACGGAAAAACCGUCCCGAAAAUCCACCUUUCUCCUGUUCUCCGCAUCCCACAAAACCCUCAAACCAAUUAUGGACUCUCCCUCAUGAAGCACCCAGAUCCGAUACGAAGUGGGUUGGCGAUGCCGGCGAUAGUGGAGGCGGCUGGGCCUGAUUGUAUUGUCCCAGGCCAGAUGACACCAAUUCGAUUAUUAGGUGUCAAGGUAUGGCCCAUUGAAGUUAACCUGAAAAUUUUUGAACCAGCUGGAAGAGAACUGAAGCGAUUAGGAAAGUUCAUGGAAGGAGCUUGCAACCUUAUGGAUCAGUCAUUCAUUGAUCGCUAAUAUCCCAUCUUUUAAGUAAUCGAGAGGUCAGGAACCAGUGCUGUAGGCCGACAAUCUAUUCUGUUUUGUUACAAUUAACAGAUGUAUCAAGUAGACACAGUUAUUGUACAUGAGAUGCAUACUCUUCUCUUUUGUUUGGGACCUUCAAUGGAUUUUUUAUCAUAGAUAAUGAAAAAAUGGAUUCCUACAGC